AUGUCUGUAGCAACUCAAUAUAGAAAAGUUCUUGAUGAGAUAAAGUUUUUAACUCAAGAAUAUGGUCUUGGAGCUAAAGUUCAAUGUCAAUACCUUUUAAAAAAAUUCACAACUCAGUCUUUAUAUGAUCAUGAUUUAUAUCAUGCAAUAUGUAAAUAUAAAAAUCAAAUAGAUGUCACUAAGACAGAUAGAAUUGUAGAAGCAUUAUUAUGA